UGGCAACUCGAUGCACACGCACGUUCUCAGUCCUGGCUAGACCGAUCGGAGCGAUUCUUCGUCCGGCGAAGAUCAGGAUUUCGCAUCAGGUCGCAUCGAUCUUUCUCCCGGAAUCGCACGCUCGUGAUUAUCGAAUCCGCCAAUCGGAAGGCGUUGCCGUUCGAGAAAUAUUUGUCGCGACGGAUAUUCAAUUUGCAAACAUUUGUUAAAAUUUCAUUCGGUCCUAAGUGAUCUGGAUGGUCGUAUAACGCUACGAAACGUGAACAAAGAGUCAGGUGAUAGUGCAGUCCAAAGGGGAACAGUGCUGAUAGACUGUUAUGGUAUAUUACCGGUUUGAAAUCGGUAAGCUUAAUGAAAUUUUCGUAGAAUGAUUAAUCCUGGAAUGCGUGACAGGUAACCGCGAUAAACCGGCUAAGACAUAGACUCUCGAAUGGACGCAAUCGAGAUAAAUCAAAUCGGAGUGGUGGUUGCUGGACUGAUUGGACUUUGAUACAAGUGAUUGUUGAUGCUCGUGAUCGUUCAUCAGGCACAACUGUGAUCUAGUGCGGAGGAUGUGUUAAUGUUAGAAAUUUUUCUUUUAAAGUAUUGCAUCUAUUUCAUGGUUAAACGAUUGAUUAGCGAACGGUCUCAAACUUAGGUUCUACUUUCGUUGGUAAGAUAAACGCACCGAGCGCGUAAUCGUGCAAAAGUGAGAGGAGAACACGCCACAAAAGUCUUAUAUAAAAAUAAUUAAUAAUUGAACAAGCAAGGAAAAGGAGAAAAAGAAAAGCGGAAAUGGCCGGCGGCUUCGCUCUUAUGCGCGGCAAUUAUGUUAAGUGGCCAAUUAGCAAUUAACCAGGGAGCCGAGCCGAGCGGCCCCUUAAUUGCGUCUGGGAAGAAGGUGGUAGCGGAGGUGGAGCGAUCGAGUGAGCGGGAGGAAGUGCAAGGUGCAUACACAUCGCGACGCAAAUAUCUGUCUUACGCGUCAUUUACUCCAGAUUUUUCUGCAAGAUUUUCGCCUCGAUUCAUUCACUAAACCACCUUCAGGAUUUUGGCGAUUUAAAAGUCUCGACGUCGGACGCAAAUCUCUAAAUCUUUAAGAUCGAAUUUUAUUCGAAAUCUCUGGGUAUUCAUGUUCCUAAUACGAAUGUUCGUCACAAAAGAAGUUUCUUGACCCUCUUGUUGGAAAAUCAAUCCUUCGAUCGCGACAGAUCCGAGACUGAACGUCAAAUGAUGCCGAAUAACGUGCCAAUCGUACGGGUAAGAGGAGAAGAGGAGUGAAAGAAAUUGGGUCUACCAAGGAUACAGUGAAGUGCAGUUAAAAUAGAGUGAGAGGGCACGAUCUCUUCCUGGGAUAGGCUACAUCGUCACCGUCGGCAAGAUUCUGUCUCCCAGGUACCGGGCGAGUCCUGGGGUGGCGACAGAGGCACCUGCAGGUGCCCGUAGCCCGAAGGAACCACCUGCGUCUACCGUGAUGACGGUCCAUCAUCAGCAGAACCACCACGUGGCCGCUCUCAGUGGCGUCGCCGUGGCCAAUAACGGUCUGAAUCUCAGCAGGAUGUCGGGCCUGGAGGCGCAUCGGCUGGAGAACAUUGUCGAUCGAAACGGCGUGGCAGUGGAACGUCUAUCCAACGGGCUAGAUUCACGGAAUAACAAUUUGAACAAUAACAACGGCUUAGAAAGGGGUGAUGCCUCGACGACGAUGCCGCAAAGGUCGAGAUUCAUGAUCACUGAUAUCUUAGGCGGCGCGUCGAGCAAGAUGCACCAAUCCGGGUUACCCAGUCAGGAGCCACCCGGAAGUCCACCUUCGACACCGCGAGAUCUCAGUGUCAGGCAUCAAUCCAGAACGUCCUUGAGCAACAGCAAUCUAGACGAGGACAGCGACGCAAGUCACCACGACGGCGCUUCCGUUACGUCCAAUGGUGGCAAAGAGGAUGAUCCUAAAAGCUCGUCCUCGAGUUCCUUGGGUUCUGCGCAAAGUAAGAAGCAGCGUAAAGCGCGUACAGCUUUCACGGAUCACCAGCUUCAGACCCUCGAGAAGAGUUUCGAGCGGCAAAAAUACCUUAGCGUGCAGGACAGGAUGGAACUGGCGGCAAAACUGCAGCUGACGGACACGCAAGUGAAAACGUGGUACCAAAACAGAAGAACGAAAUGGAAACGACAAACGAUCGUGGGUUUCGAGAUCAUGGCCGAAAAUAAUUUCGCUGUUGCCGCCUUCCAGCAUCUGUACAGCGGCAGUACCGUUCCCGCACAUCCUGCCGCAGGACGGUACUGGCAGUAUCCCAGCGCGCACGCGUUACCCGCGAACGGAUUCUUCUAUCAGCCAUCAUCGGCGGCGACUCUGCAAAAACCGCUUCCCUACCGUCUGUAUCCACCCAUGAUUCUAGCGGGGCCAAGUAAUCCUCUUGGUUCUUUGACUGCGAGCUCCAGUCUGUCGACUCUCAGCAACUAUUACAGGGACAGCCCAGAGAUGGCCGACGGCCGGGAUACCUCGAGGAAAAGGGACAGGAGCAAGAGCCCAGAAUCGAGAGACAGAUCGCCAACUAGAAAACCGGCAAGACUGUAUCCGCUGCAAAUGAUGCAGGCGGGCCCUAGCAAUCCUCUUGGCACGCUGACCACCUCCAAUCUCUCCAAUAUGAAUAACUAUUACAGAGGUAGUCCGGAGUUGAUGGAAGGAAGAGAGAAUAUGGACAGGUCGAGGAAGCAAGAAAGGAGCAGCAAGAGUCCGGACUCCAGGGACAGAUCACCCAUGAGGAAGGACGUUAGAUCUUAUCCCUCGACGAUGAUCCAGGCAGGUCCUAGCAAUCCUCUCGGACCCCUCGCGCCUAGCUCGAAUCUGAACAACUAUUACAGAGACAGCCCUGAGAUAAUGGAUGGACGGGAAGGUAUGAAUCGAACGCGACAACGUGACAGAAGUCAGAGUCAGGACAGAUCACCUGUGCAGAGAGAGGAUAGUCCUCGAAGUGUAAGAGCUGACAGUGAUGAAGAAAGCAUACACGAUAUCUAGGACAUGGAGAUUCUUGGUACCGGCGUUGACACGUCGGAAAUAUUGCAUGAGGAAGACAGGUAUGUCCUGCAGGAUAAUUAGGAAACGUGUGGAAUGGAUUGAUUUCCUUACGAUACGUCAUUUCGAAAUAAAUGUACUAAUAGCGAACGAAGAGUUAACAUCAGAAAAUAGGAAAACUAUCAAGGGAUGAAUAAUCCUUUUGAAAAUGUAUUCGUGUGAAAUCGGGCAGUUAUUGAAACAUAUGGGCAAGCUUGAGAAUACUGAUUGAUGCGAUAACUCAUUACGAGACACUGAUACGGAUAAUUAAAAUCAAAUUCACUUAACUAGCAUUAAUCAGUCAAUUUCGAACGAGAUAACGAAGUCGCUCAAAUUUCAGCAGCUAUUGCAUUAACAGUUCAUAAAUAAACAAAUCGUAUCCAUAUGGAGAAUUUGUUGGGAGAUUGAUCGAUAAAAAAAAUUUGUAUAAUCCUGGAAGAAACGCGCUGUAUAUAUACAUAUAUAUCCUUGAGAACUUGUAUCGAUCUACGCAGCUAUCACGACGAAUCCAAACGAAGAAGCGAAUGCAGCUGAUGUAACGAGACUGUUUAAGAAGCUAUAUAUCCAAGUGUAUGCAAGCAUCGAGGAGAGACUACGUAGAGAUUAUUUUGUCGCAGUUAUUUGAAAAUCUGAAGAGAGCAGAGCGAGAAGAGAUUCAGGAUUCGCGAGGUCUGAAGCGAAGUCAGCGAAAUGAGAUGCGAAUGGAACGGCACGGCGGCCGAUUUCGUGAGGUAGAACAGGAAGUGACAUAGCACGGGACGUCCGGGAUUUUGUAGAUAAUGAGAGCGAACAGGAAAUAUCGUGCGGUUAACCGAACUUCGUGAUUUGAGCGUUCAGUGAAUAGCGGGUUACGGUGAAACAAUAUAUUCAACGUUGAUACGAUCGGGCGUGUAGAGAACGGACGAAAGUAAAAAUCCCGUGCUUCACCGAUACAUUAUCCCUCGGACAAAUGGAGACUCAUUAUUACUCAUUCAUUGUCCAUUCAUUAUUUUAUUUUCCACUUCUUCGCAUGCAACGUGUGAUUGGUUCCUCGCUUGAAAGGUACUUGUUUUCCAAUAUUUUUACAAUUUACAGAACAAAA